AUGUCCUACAUGAUCUGGUUCCUGUCCUUGCACACGACGCAAGCCAUGGCCCAGUCCACAGAUCAAUCGACUACCAUGUCUCCAUUCAACCUCUAUCCCGCAGUCGACUCGCAGCGCCUCGCAAAGGCACUGGGUGUGAGCAGCGGCUGCCUGGCCGCGCUCAACACGACGGUCGCCUGUGAUCCGACCCUGCUCGGCAUGGCCGGUACCGUGGACAACUACUUGUGGAGUGCCGACGACGCCACGACGCUCUGCACCAGUACGUGUUUGGCGUCUGCACAAGCGUGGUACAACGCGGUCAAUGACGGGUGCUUUGACGACACGGGCUUGAUCGUGCGUGGUAAAGUGGUUCCGUUGUAUACGGUUCCUGGUCGGGCCCUCGAUGGGCUCUCCCUGGUGUGCUUAACGCCGGCCACGAAUGUGUCGGCCGAUCCGGGCGUGGGGGGCACCAUUGUACCGGUCGACAACACUACCGACACUAGUAACGGUGCCGUCAGACGUGGCGAUGGUGACGACACCCGUUUGGCGCAUAAUCGCUCUUCCCGCCCGUGGAAAUACACGCGCGAGCCCACGACGACCUCCGACCGAUUUUGCCUUGUCGAUUCGUACGCAUGGGUCGGUUCGGACAUUAUCCGACCAGACUGCUCGCAACCAAACAAUCAAAACAACAGCCAGUGCCUCGACCCGACGGACGUGCUGGCCGAGAAUCAGCGACUGGCCAACUUGUACCCCGACAGCGUCCUUUGUGACGUGUGCUUUGUCAACCUGUUUUACUUGCGCCUGGCCUCGCCGUACCUGGCCGACCUCGACCACUCGGACUAUUUGAUUCAACAGUAUUAUGAUAUUCUAGAGGUGUGCAACAUUACGCAUAUGCCGGACCUACUCGUGCGGGAGCUUCCCGAUUACGACGACGCGCCGGGAUUUCUGCAUGGGUUGCCUAUUAAUGGAAGCAGCACUGUGCUGCCGUUGUCGAGCGAUGGAGGCCGGCUCGCCAACGGCACGUGUCCGAGUAGGACACUCACGUACGCCCAGCUCGUCCAAGUGGCCCACAGCAGGACGGAUUUUGACGACGACCCGUGCAGCGCCCUCGCAGCCACGUUUCACGUGGCCACAGGCGACUUGUACGAGGCCUUUGGUGAUUUUGACUGCGAUGUCUCGUCGCCCAACGCCACCAAUGCCACGUGGUGCAUCCCGUCGGCAUGCAGCGUGUACAAUGCCACGGGCCAAAGCUGCGAUGCUGUCGCGGCCGCGAGCAACAUCACCACGCAGCAACUCCUCCGGUACAAUCCCCAUCUGCAGGACACGUGCGACCAUCUGGAUACGCAGUUUCUGUGCGUCACGCCGCCCGGCGGGGCCUAUUUGCCGCCGCCGAGCAACAUCAGCUCGAGCAGCGGCGGCGGGCAGCAGCGGGGGGGAUACGCGGGUGGUGGUGGUGGUGGUGGCAGUGAUACGACCGUCAAAGCCAAUCCGGAAGUUACAGUGUUGCCCGGUGGCGCUCCGCCGGUGCCCACACAGCCCGGAAUCGUGGACGACUGUGUACGUUACAGCAAUACGUCGGCCGGUGACGGCUGCGAGGAGUUUGCCGCGGCGCACAAAAUUACGCCGGCCGAGCUGUACGGCUGGAACACGGUCCUCGGCGCCGGCGGGUCAAACUGCUCGACCGCGUUCUGGGUGGGUUAUUACUACUGCAUCGGUGUCUCGCCGUCCCAGAGGGCUACCGCGAUCUCUUCCCAGCCGGUCACCGCCACAGCCUCGAAGACGGCUUCGCCGACUAUGCCGCCUCCCUCCCCCACCCAGGACGGCAUCGCGACCACCUGUGAUACGUACGCCCAGGCCAAUGCGGGCGAUAGCUGCAGCGCGUUUGCUACGAUACAUAAGAUUUCGCCGGCCGAUCUUUUCAAGUGGAACACGGUGCUCGGCGCUGGUGGGGCUGACUGCCCGACCGAGUUAUGGGCCGGCUACUACUACUGCGUGCAUGCUUUGUAA